AUGGAUGGUGUUACUGUCAAGGUUGAGCCAGAGCAGUUUAUGGUUCUAGAAUCUUCUCCUGUUGCUGUUGAUGGUGUUAGUUCCAAUAUGGAUGAUGGGUCAAUGAUGAAUUUCUCAGCAAACAAGUCAAUGGCAGCGUCGAGAAUGAACGAGACGUUUCCUAAUACAAAUCAGCUUACCAUCUUCUAUAACGGGAAUAUUUGUAUCUAUAACGGAAUUCCAGCAGAAAAGGUGCAAGAAAUAAUGCUCAUGGCUGCUGCUACUGCCAAGUCUACCGAAACGAAGAGUAUCAUGAAACAAUCUCCUGUUCCUUCACCUGUUCCCUCAAGGCCCUCUUCUCCACAUGCUGCCACUGAUAAUAUUGCUUCAUCGCAGGCACUCUGCUUUCCUGCAAAGAAGAGUUCAGUCUGCAGGCUGCAAGAAUUUCCAAUAGCACGCAGACAUUCACUUCAAAGGUUUCUUGAGAAGCGGCGAGACAGAUUGGGCAGUAAAGCACCUUAUCCGUCUUCGCCAACGACAAAGGUGGCCGAUAACAUAGAGAACAACUUCUGCUCUGAGAAUUCGCCUGAUUCGGUUUCGUUGAAGGGACCAAAUGAAGAAUUUCAGCCAACUAUAUCUGCCUCUUGA